CUCCUCAGUCGCUACUCGCCGGUUCAUGCACCCUCAACGUUUGUUGUAGCAGCAGAUACGACUAUCGGCAAGGAGUUUCUAUGUACGGUGAUGUUAGUAAACAAUAAGUGUAUAUAUAUAAAAAGAGCAAUUUGAUCCCGCUGUCAGUCGUGGUGUGAAUUUAAAUGGACUAUCAUGUCUCUUCCGGGUGUCUUCCUUUUUUCACAUUACGUGGAAAGCUUUUGGAGCGCGCCACCGCCUCUCGUUGAUUGGUCCGGCGUGCCAACGUUGGUGCUGGCGUUGGUCGCGUUGGUGAUAGCUGCCACGGCUCUGUUGACUCGGCCCAUAGAAGGCAAGAAGCCAGCGCGCCUGCCUGGACCGGUGGCACUGCCGUUCCUCGGUACAAGAUGGCUGUUCUGGAGUCGUUAUAGAAUGAACAAACUACACGAAGCGUAUGAAGACAUGUUCAGGCGGUACGGGCCAGUGUUCGCCGAGGUGACUCCAGGGGGCGCCCUCGUCGUCUCCAUCGCUGAGCGGUCGGCGCUCGAGGCUGUGCUGCGAACACCAGCGAAGAGGCCUUAUCGACCCCCCACUGAAAUCGUUCAAGUGUACAGAAGAUCGAGGCCUGAUAGAUAUGCCUCUACUGGACUUGUUAAUGAACAAGGAGAGAAAUGGUUUCAUCUGCGACGCCAUCUCACCAGCGAGUUGACCAGUCCUCACACCAUCCAAGGGUUCAUUCCUGAGCUGAACAGCAUCUGCGAUGACUUCCUCAACUUGCUGAAGGGCUGUCGCAGGCCAGACGGCACCGUCUACGGUUUUGACCAGCUCACUAACCGCAUGGGCUUGGAAUCGGUAUGCGGGCUCAUGCUGGGCACAAGACUCGGUUUCCUGGAGCGCUGGAUGUCGGGGCGGGCGGCGGCGCUGGCUUCGGCGGUGAAGGCCCAUUUUAGGGCCCAGAGGGACUCCUACUACGGCGCACCGCUGUGGAAGUUCGCUCCCACUUCGCUUUACAAGACGUUCGUCAGGAGUGAAGAGACCAUUCAUAUGAUAGUCUCAGAGCUGAUGGAAGAGGCGAGGUCGCGCACGCGCGGCGCGGCGCAGGACGACGCUAUGCAGGAGAUCUUCCUCAAGAUCCUCGCCAACCCGGAGCUCGACAUGCGAGACAAGAAGGCUGCUGUUAUUGACUUUAUCACCGCGGGGAUUGAGACGUUGGCAAACAGCCUGGUCUUCCUGCUAUACCUGUUGAGCGGUCGCAUGGACUGGCAGCAGAGGAUACGCUCAGAGUUACCAGCGUGUGGCGAGCUGCGUGUCGAGGAGUUGUCAGCGGCGCCGUCGGUGCGGGCGGCUGUGAACGAGGCCUUUAGACUGCUGCCCACCGCGCCGUUCCUCGCGAGACUGUUGGACGCGCCCAUGACUGUCGGUGACAACCGGCUGCCAGCUGGGACGUUCGUGCUAGCGCACACUGGCGCCGCCUGCCGACGAGAAGAGAACUUCUGGCGCGCGAGCGAGUAUCUCCCCGAGCGCUGGAUCAACGUCCGCGAACCCCACGCCGCCGGGAUCGUUGCGCCGUUCGGCCGCGGCCGGAGGAUGUGUCCGGGCAAGAGAUUCGUUGAGCUCGAGCUGCAUUUGAUACUGGCCAAGAUAUUGCAGCACUGGCGAGUGGAGUACGACGGUGAACUUGACAUCCAGUUCGACUUCUUGCUAUCGCCGAAGUCACCGGUAUCUCUGCGGCUAGUCGAGUGGUGAACCACUGCCCCAGUUGUUAUUAUUUGCGGCAAGAUACUUGCUUUGUCAUAUUUUAUGCUUUUCCACUUUACGUUAACGUUACGAUAUUACAAAAUAGGGGCAAGCACAGACAUAAAGAGUUAAACAAAUGGGCUUUUUCAGUCUAAUAUAAGAUUUAUUUGGAGAAGGAAUUGUAGUCGUAUUUAGAAGAUGAGGUUAUUAUUCUUUAAAAUAAUUCUAAGCAUGUGGGUUGUUCUAGAUUUCUAAGGGCCUUUUGAAGUUUUACGAGUAGUAGUGUGAUAAUUACAGAUGUUAAACAACUUUAAUAAAUAGACAAGAUAACGAAUCGUAACGAUAUCGUUCAGUGUAAAAGCAAUCAAUUGCUCUAAAACCCGCUCACUGUACUGAUUAUAUUUUAGUGUUAAAAGUUGCUCCCGUGUUGUAUUGUUUUAAUUAGCAUUUAAGACUUCAUUACGUUAUUAUGUUACGACAGAACAGAAAAUACGUCGGAAUUUUCUCACGAAAGAAUGCUGAUUUUUCAAAUGAUUCUUUUAGCAGAGACCAAUCUGUUUUAAUAUAUCUGUGUUAGCCGUUAAUAUGUGCCUAAAUUUAGGUUUUAUGCAGGGUUGUGGGGUUAGAAGAUUAGUGGCUUUUGGGUAUAGCGGCCGCCUUGAAAUUUGCUUCUGCAAAUUAUAAAUCAAAUAUUUUUUUUUUUUAAGAAAUAAAAUCAUAAACAUGAUGGAAGUUUUGAUUCGAACCAGAGAAGACUCCAUGGUUAUUAUGUCUUCUGAUAACUAGUUUUUGAACCCAAGAAGAUGACUGGCCUAAAGCCACUUCUCAAUAAUCCAUUUUGUGAGCGUUUAUUGCUCAAGGAAAUCUAAUUUUACUACAUAAUACAUGACUGAUUGUAAUUUUUACUCGUAAAAUAAUAGAUAUCCAGUAGUAAUAUUUUUGCAACAGGGUAUUGGCACAGUCUGCUCAAGCGAUAAAUCUUCAUACUGGAUCGAAAAGUUAACAAUAGAUAGGUAAAAGUUAAUUCUCAAAUAGCUGAGUGGUAAAACCCACUCACAACACAAUGGGUUCGAUCCCCGCCCGCACACAGUGUUUCCGACUAAUUGUAGGGGAAUGGGAAUAUUUAAAACAGACAUGAAAAAUAUUCUUUAAAAAAUUAACUAAACUUAUUGUUAACACUUCAAAUCAGUUGAAAUCAUUCCGAUAUCUAGACAAUAUGUAAUAGUUAAGUGUUUUAUAUUUACCUAUGCUAAGCUUAGUUUGUAACUGUAAUACGUAGUAAAAUAUGGCUGUGUUAAUAUCAAAAAGCAUAUUUAUAUAAUUAUUAUCAACCAUAAAUACCUCUUUAAGUGAACACUACAUGCAUGCUAUAGUCUACCAGUGAGAUGUUAUUAUAUUUAAAGGAGUAAAACGAAUAUCAACUGAGACAUUUGUUCUAUAAAAGCGUAGCUUCUUACGUGUUGUGCAUUAAAUGCAUAAUAAUUAAUUAUUUGAUAGAUGAUCAAAAUUUCUAAAAAUGCUUUUGAUUAUAUUUUAAAUAAAACCUAAAAGGAUCUAACGAUCAGUAACAACCUGCUGACACUGCGGAUACUAUUCAAAUUAUAAAAUAGCUAAAAUAUUUAAUAUGAUCGCCAACCUGCAUUUAACAUGAUAUUUGAAUGAAAGUAGCACAAGACUUUGAAAAGGUCAGCAUAUCUUUAAUGAAAACAAUAAAUGAAUAAUUAUUAAAGCUUUUUUAAGUAUAGGUAAAUAUUAUUUCGCAUUAAAUCAUGCAUCUGCUGUCCUGUCCUACAGUCCUACGCAUAGGAUUGUAAAAUUAAUAAGUCGCUCUUUGACGCAACUGCGUGUUUUGUAAAUAAUAACAUCUCAAUGGCUUUCUGAUGUAUAUAUUGGAGAAUUGCCAUUUUUAAAAAUGGCUUUAUCUUUUUAAGAUACCUUAAAUCAAUUAUUUUGUCUAAUGGCAUUAGAAACCAUAUAAGUCGGUACUUAUAUAUACCUUAAAUAAAUAAAAUGUCAAAUAAUGUGCACUUUCCAUACGUAUUAAUACGUAAUAAAAUGUGCACUUACUAUACGUAAUACGUUUAAGCAUAUUUAAAAUACCUAGUGGACUUAUUAUAUAAUGCCGAUUUACGGUUCCUUUAUACCAAGACAUUGUGCAGUUUAAAAUGCAGGUAGUUUUAAGUUUGGGAUUACUUUUACAUUAUUAUCAAUUAACAUAUUUAUAGAGGGUAAGGACUGUUACUUUAUUAUAUGGAGAUGAUUCGUAUGAUAAAGUGCCAGUCCCAAAAAGUAACAUUAAAUCAAAGCACCCCUACUGUAGCACGAGUGUAUUUAUCAAAAAAAAAAAUAGCUGUUAUUUUAUCUAGUAAUUCGACUACAAAAAAUUCGAGAUCGGCAUUUUUUUUUAAAUUAAUAACUGGUGCACGUUGUGUUCAAAAUUGUUAAAUUAAUAUCCCGAAAUAGAACCACCAAUUACUAAAAUAUGUUAUAAGUUACCAGCUAACUGUUGCUGGUUACUUAUAAUUUGCAAGUUGUUAGGUCAAUUUCAUGCAUAACAUUGCGAUGGAUGGAUUCUAUUCGUCUAUUGACUUUUCUCUCUACGUCAUACCCCGUUUGACAAAAGCGCUAUUGUCGGAUUUUAACUAUAUUUCAAAAUUUCGAAAUCAGCUCGGGUUUGGUGUGGUAGGUACUUAAACCAUUGUCCAUGGUUAAUGUUAAAUCCAUCCAUCCUAGACUGGACCGUUAUUCGUCAAUUUAUUAUAGGGAGAACAUGUCAUUGAAUAAAAAAAGCUAAAUCCCCUCAUGAUACGUUUGUCGUUAACUCUUGGUUAAUUGAGAAUUUUGUAUUAAAGUUUAAAUGUUUCAUUAUUUUAGAUUAAGCAUUAGAUCAAUAAUGCUUAAUUUAAAAUAAUGAGCCUAUAUUAAAAACCCAAUUUAAUUUUAAAAAUAUUUUCUAAAAAAAUGUGAAUUUUUGACAUCUAUACGAUAUACAGGGUUUAUUAAAAAUACCUUACAUUAAAUAUUAUAAAUUGCUUUGUGACCACAAAAUUAUUUAAAUAACAAAAAAAGAUUAUAUUUUUUUUGUUAUUUAAAUUAUAAUAUCCUAUAUAUAAUAAACUUAUCUAUAAUCGGACUAAGAAUAAAUAUAUUUUACUGACACUGUGUUUAAUAUACUUAAAGGAUAGAAAAUAAUAACUGCUACCUAUGUUGUAUUCUUAGAAAGCUGAAAUUGUUUAUAUUAAAGGAAAAAUAAAAUAUUAAAUUCAUGAUA